AUGGCCCCCGGCCUGGCGGACUGCCCCAACGCGGUGAUUGUGCCCCACAUUGCCAGCGCGAGCAUGUGGACGCGCAGCGGCAUGGCCACCCUGGCAGCGGCCAACGUGGCCGGCGUGCUGCAGGGCUACGGCGCAUGGACCAAGCCCAACGACAUCACCCCCUUCCUGGACGGCCCCAUCCCCUCCCUGCCGCGCGCCGCCCCCAGCAUCGUCAACGCAAAGGAGAUUGGCCUGCCCGCGGCGACGUGA